AUGAUCACUCUCAUUCUAUUCCUCUUAAUAAUUUCUUACUCCCGACAACUGGUCGCUGAAUCGGAAAUCGUGGAUUUUGUUACAGCCGGAUCAGACUAUAACUACAGUAUAGACUUCACUGGCGGAGAGAAGACAGUGGGAAUAAGAAGAUUGCUAAAUGGCGAUGACGAUGACAAAUGGCAAUUCUAUCAUUUCUGUGCAAAAGCUAAAAGCGCGAAUAAGAAGAAUUGCGGAUCGUGGGUUGACGGAAAGGGUAACAAAAUCAAAGGAGAAGUAACCCUCAAAGCAACUCUCAAGGGCAAGAAUAUCGUGAUGAGUCCAGUUUUAGUUAGAGAUGAAGCACGUUAUGCAAGCAUCUUCGAGGACUCGGAAGAUCAAACUUCUAUCGUCCAGCUUCGUGUUCGACCUCCAUCGCCUCUGCAUUGA